AUGUGCAAUAUGUGUCAUCGUGAUGUGGUUGAAAUACAGGCGCCGGCAGCGCAGCCUAAGAAAAGUUCCUCUGGUAUCAUAGAACGCAUGAAGAAGAAACACAACAUCGUCACCGACCCAUCCUCUUCUGAAAUACAGAAGAAGAUUGAAUACCAACCUGAUCUUCUUGCUGUGUCCACUCAGUACUCGAAGGUGGUUUACGAGUUCUUCAAAGAGGCUACGGUGCGUUUGCAGGAAACGAAAGCAUACGUUAUCGCGACACGCACCACUCAGCCUUUCCACUUUGCCCUCGGCAUUUUGGUCUGUUUCUUAUGGUUAAGCAGUUCUGAGGGCAGCAGUAGUAACAUGCGCGGCUGGACAGCGCUCUACGUCGGUGCAGUGGCCACUCAUCUGGGAGCACAAAUUUGGAUGACGCUUAUCUCUGGUGUUGUGCUAUACUUCUCGCUCCCACGUCAUGAAUUCGGCCGUGUGCAGACUGUCCUAUUCCCCGUGUACUACGCUUUUAAUGCCGUCAUCAGUCUUCUGGCAUUGGUAUCUUACUACAGAAUGCAGUGCCUUACAAAGUUUGAAAAUACAUCCUGGGUACAGUUAGCUCUGUUGCUAGCAGUAUUCAGUAUAGAAUCUUACGUGCGCUUGCGUCUGGUGCGCCCGAUGCUCCGGGCAAAGCACGUCAAGACACAGAUGGAGGAGGCUGCGGGUAACGGAAAUGAAGUCGGUCGCCUAGUCCUAGGCGAGCUGGCACAUUGUCCCCGCUACCUUCGUGUACUGAAGACCUUCAGGACCUACCACUCUAGUAUAGCUAUGGGUACCAUGAUAGCGCUCGGUUGUUCCUUAUAUUCGACUAUGAUUAUAGUGGAUUCAGUGUGCCGCUAA